GAUUUUUUUUUAAAUUUUUAAUUGUAAAAAUGUUGCCAUCAAUUUUUGUGAUAAAAAAAUCAUCAUCAUUGAUAUUUGAUCCACGAUGGAAAAUGGUCAUUCGCCAUUUAUCAUCCGAAACGACUAAACGAAUUCGAAAUAUUGGUCUUGUGGCACAUAUUGAUGCAGGUAAAACAACAACAACCGAACGAAUGCUUUAUUAUUCCGGUUCAAGUUCACAGAUUGGUGAAGUACAUCAUGGUGAUACAGUCAUGGAUUAUAUGGACCAGGAACGUGAACGUGGUAUAACCAUAACAAUGGCUGCAGCAACAAUUCAAUGGUUAAAACAUCAUAUCAAUAUUAUCGAUACACCUGGUCAUGUUGAUUUUACAUUCGAAGUUGAACGAUCAUUAUCCGUAUUAGAUGGUGCUGUAGUUGUUCUAGAUUCAGCAGCCGGUGUACAAGCACAAACGAUAAAAAUAUGGCGUCAAGUACAACGAUUUCAUAUACCCGGUUUAUUCUAUGCAAAUAAAAUGGAUAAAUCAAAUGCAUCAUUAGAUCGAUGUUUACAAAGUUUAAAACAAAAACUUCAUAUUGAACCAUUAUUACUUCAAUUGCCUGUACAAAAACAAGGCAUAUUAACCGGUAUAAUUGAUUUAAUUAAUGGAAAUUAUCUACAAUGGCCAUUAGAUCAUUAUGAUCGUUUAGAGAUGGAUCACAAUUCCGCACAAAUCCAAAGACAUUGUCUUUUAUCUAAUGAGCUUUCAACGAAAUGUUUAACUCUGGAUGAACAUCAAAAAUAUCGUGAUGAAAUGUAUCGUGAACGUGAAUGUCUGAUAUCAAAAUUAAGUGAUUUUGAUGAAACAUUAGCCGAUCAUGUACUUUCAUUGGAUCAAAUUCAUCGUAUUAAUCCUAUUGAAUUAAUGAAAUCUAUACGUAAAUCGUGCCUAAAACGACAACUAUUUCCAUUAUUGAUUGGUAGUUCUUAUCGUAAUAUUGGUAUACAGCCAUUAUUGGAUGCAAUCUGUGAUUAUCUACCUGAACCAAUGGAAACACGUACAAAUCAAAUUCUUCAUGAACAUUAUACAAGAAAUCAUACAAAACCAACAUCCACAACGAAUCUUUGUGCAUUAGCAUUUAAAAUUCAUUAUCAUCAACGAUUAGGUCUAUUAACCUAUCUUCGUAUAUAUUCUGGUUCAUUAACACCCGGUAUGAAUGUUUAUAAUCUAAAUCGACAAUCAAUGGAAAAAAUUACAAAAAUUUAUCGUCCAUUUGCUGAUCAUUUUCGUGAAAUUACUGCCACCACUGUUACUUCAAAUCAUUAUCAUCAAAAUCCGAAAACAAUUCGAGAAUCAAUAUCAAAUAAUAUGAUCACUAUUGGUGAUAUUAUUGCCGUAUCUGGUUUAUCCAAUACCAUUACUGGUGAUACAUUGAUACAUACAAUGCAUGAAAAUGAUCAUGAUAUCAAUAAUGAAAUACCAAUGUUGGCCGGUAUUGAAAUACCUGAACCAGUUUAUUAUUGUUCAUUAGAAUGUCCAAGUGUUUCGAAAUUCAAACAAUUAGAGCUAGCAUUAGAUCAUUUACAACGUGAAGAUCCAUCAUUACAUGUUAAUCAUGAUCAAAAUACACAGCAAUUGAUCAUCAAAGGAAUGGGUGAAUUACAUAUUGAGAUCAUAAAAGAUCGUAUAAAACGUGAAUAUGGUAUACAGGUGGAAACUGGUCCAUUACAAGUAUCCUAUAGAGAAACAAUAACAAAAAAUCAUCGUGAAACAAUGGAACAAACAAAAAUAAUUGGUGGCCAUUCAAAUCAGAUGAAAAUUAGCUGUGAAGUUCGAUCGAAAUUAAGUUCACUUGAUAAUAAACACAAUGUAUUAUUAUUAUCAGAAAAUAUUGAUCAAAAUGAAAAUGAUUUGAAUCAUAUGGAAAAUAUAAAACGAAAAGCUGAAACCAUAGUGAAAAUUGUUAAUUCAAAAGAUCAUAAUCUUUCUAGUCAGAUACGACCAUGGCAAUUGAAAGCAAUUUAUUCCGGUGUAUCCAAAGCAAUGGAAUAUGGGCCAUUAUUUUCAUUUCCAGUUGUAGAUGUACAGAUUUUGUUGCAUGAAUUUGAAAUCAAUUCAUCAUCACCAUUAUUGUCACCAUUCAUUACAAAUGUAACUAGUCAUUGUAUUCUUGAAGCAUUACGACAAUCAAAACCGAUUCUAAUGGAACCAAUUAUGUUUGUUGAAAUCAUAACACCAGAACAAUUUAUUGGUCCUAUUAUUUCCGAUCUAACUAUACGUCGUAGUCGAUUAAUGGCAGCUGAUAAUAACCAACAGCAACAACAACAAUCAUCAGAAACCGAACAGAUUGAAGAAAGACAUAUAUUAGCACAAGUACCACUAGCAGAAUUAUUUAACUAUUCAACAACAUUACGUACAAUAACAUCCGGUAUGGCUACAUUUGAUUUACGUUUACAUUCAUAUCGACCAUUGGAUAGUGAACAAACGGCCAAUGUGAUUAAAUUAAUAAGUGGUAUUGAAUGAGGAGACAAAAGAAAAAAAAACAAAUUUGCCAAUUAUAGAUUCAAAAUUCAUGUGCCUUAUGAAAAACCAUUUACCAUCAUCAUCACAUAUCAUCAUCAUAUGGAUUCUAAUUCUCAAAUUGAAUAAAAACAACAACAAUAACAACAACAACAACAAAAAAUUAAUCUGUCAUCGAAGGAAUUUGUGUAUGUGUAUGUAAUAUAUGGCAUUUUGUUCUUGAAUAAAAAGAUUUUUUUGUUGUUGUUG